AUGGCCGUCUCACACCCCACCAAAGGCGUCCUCAUCAGGAUAGAAGUCCACGUCGACAUGCUUUGCCCGUGGUGCUACAUUGCCAAGCGCAGUCUAGACGCCGCCAUCAAGGUCUUUCAGACCAGCCAUCCCGAAUUCGAAUUUGAAGAAGCUCAGCCGAACAACUUCCAAGCCGUCCAGGACCGCAUCCGCUCGGCCGCAGCCCGCUACAACAUCUCCCUCUCCUUCACCGGCCGCACCGGACCCUCCCGUGACUCCCACAAGCUCAUCGCCCUCGCCCUCCAGCAGCGGGACCCGGCCGCCCAGGCCCGGACCGUCGACCGCCUCUUCCGCGGCCACUUCGAGGAGGGCAGGGACCUGACCGACGGGGACUGGCUGGUCGAGGUCGGCGUCGAGGCCGCCGGCCUGGAUGCCGCCGACGUCAGGCGCGCCCUCGCCAGCCACGAGGCCGGCAUAAGCGUCGACGACGAGGUCCGCAGCGCCAGCGUCGAGAGGGGCGUCAGGGCAGUCCCCUGCGUCACCAUGCAGGGGAGGUACCGCGUCGGCGGCUACCAGGAUCAGUCCGUCUUUGAAGACCUGUUUGACAAGAUUCGCACCAACGGGGGCAACUGA